GAAAAACAAAUCUUGACUUCUCUUUUCUUUUCUUUUCUCUCUCUAGUCCUGUUGGGGAGAGAGGAAGAAUGUGGAUGGCAAGAAGCCAAAUAGAGAGACGGGACGGUUCGGGCGGAAACGGAGUGGUGGCGGUGGCGAUAGAUAAAGAUAAAGGCAGCCAAAAUGCAUUAAAAUGGGCCAUUGAUCAUAUUCUUCACAGAGGACAGACUGUGGUUCUCAUCCAUGUCAAACUCAAGUCCUCCCCCUCUAUUAUGUCUUCAGCUUAUAAUCCCCUUGUUACACCCAGGGGCGCGGGUGAUAGCAACGGAGAGAGCACCUUGGUUUGCAGAGAUCCUGAUUCCCUCACCAAGGAGUUGUUCCUGCCUUUUCGCUGCUUCUGUACUCGUAAAGAUAUUCAGUCCAAGGAUGUGGUGCUUGAGGACACAGACAUUGCUAAAGCGUUGGUUGAAUAUUGUACUCAUACUGCAGUUGAGAUUUUAGUUGUGGGUGCCUCCAAUAAAACAGGAUUUCUCAGAUUCAAAGCCUCAGAUGUGCCUGGCAGCAUCAUGAAGGGAGCCCCUGAUUUUUGUACUGUGUAUGUCAUCUCCAAAGGGAAGAUUCAAUCCACCAGAUCAGCCUCUCGUCCUGCCCCAUGUCUCUCCCAGUCCCACUGCCAACUUGUUAAUCAAUCCUCCGGUAUCAGAACGCUCGACCCACCCUUUGUUCCCCCUCCACUUUGUUCUACUCCGAAACUUAACAGAAGAGUUAUGGAAAGGCCACCACUGGAGCAGCCGCGUAGAUCAAACGAAGACUUCUCAGACUCGUUCAGGUCACCCUUCUCUAGAAGAGGGAUGAACGCGAAAUCCUACGGGGACCUCUCUGUCCCAGAUUCAGACAUAUCCUUUGUCAGUUCAGGCAGACCCAGCAUUGACCGCAUGUUUCCAGGCUUUUAUGAUGUCUUAGAAAUGGGUACUCGUAAUCAACGCCUCUCCAACAUCUCCGAAAUGGACAGGCUAGACAGCGCCCAGAGCUUUGAUACAAUGCAAUAUGGAAGGAGAUCCAUUGACCUCAACUUUGACUCUCCACCUGAAUUCUCCUCAAUGUCUUACGACAGCGACAGGCUCUCCACUGCUUCCCAGUCAAUGGAUGAUGUGGAAUCUGAAAUGAGAAGGCUAAAGCUUGAGCUCAAGCAAACCAUGGAAAUGUAUAGUACAGCCUGCAAAGAAGCUCUUUCUGCAAAACAAAAGACAAGAGAGCUCCAGCUCUGGAAAAUGGAAGAAGAACGGAGAUUAGAAGACGCGCGAUCAGCUGAGGAAACUGCUUUGGCAAUUGCAGAAAAGGAGAAGGCCAAGUCCAGAGCAGCCAUGGAGGCUGCUGAGGCAUCUCAGAGAAUUGCAGAACUCGAAGCACAGAAAAGAGUGAAUGCAGAAAUGAAAGCACUCAGAGAAUCAGAAGAGAAGAAAAAAGCACUUGAUGCUCUGGCACACUCAGAUAUCAGAUACAGAAAGUACAGCAUAGAGGAGAUUGAAUCUGCAACAGAGUUCUUUGCAGAAUCUCGCAAGAUUGGUGAAGGGGGUUAUGGACCCGUAUAUAAGUGCUAUUUAGACCAUACAUCAGUCGCAAUUAAGGUCUUACGUCCAGAUGCAGCUCAAGGAAGGUCACAAUUUCAGCAAGAGGUCGAGGUGCUAAGUUGCAUAAGACAUCCUAAUAUGGUUCUUCUCCUGGGAGCUUGUCCAGAAUAUGGUUGCUUAGUAUACGAGUACAUGGCGAAUGGAAGCUUAGAAGAUAAUUUGUUCCGACGGGGAAGUACUCCAAUUCUCUCCUGGCAGCUAAGGUUUCGAAUUGCAGCAGAAAUAGGGACAGGUUUGCUGUUCCUGCACCAAACGAAACCAGAGCCACUGGUGCACCGUGAUCUAAAGCCAGCCAACAUCUUGCUAGAUCGCAACUUCGUGAGCAAGAUUAGUGAUGUUGGGCUGGCAAGGCUAGUCCCACCAUCCGUUGCAGACACUGUGACGCAGUAUAGGAUGACGUCGACAGCAGGAACAUUCUGCUAUAUAGAUCCAGAGUAUCAGCAAACAGGAAUGUUGGGUAUCAAGUCAGACAUAUAUUCACUUGGCAUAAUGUUCCUACAGAUGUUAACAGCAAAACCGCCAAUGGGAUUAACUCACCAUGUUGAUCGCUCCCUGGAAAAAGGUACAUUUGAGCAGAUGCUGGAUCCAGCCAUCCAUGACUGGCCAGUUGAAGAAGCCAAGUGCUUUGCAAGGCUUGCACUCGAGUGCUCAGAGCUAAGGCGGAAAGACAGACCGGAUCUCGGGACUGUAAUUUUGCCAGAACUUAACAGAUUGAGGUCACUUGCUGAAGAAAGCAUGCAUGGCGCAAUUCCCCAUCCAACUCCUAGCCACUCGCCCACUCCUAGCCAAGUUUCUGUACAACUAACUGAUUCCAAUAUAUCCGACGUUAGCUCAAGAAGAUCGUCAACGUCCUAGAAUAACAAUUUAUACAAAAACUUUCUUGUUUUAAAUGGGAGUUGAAGAGUUAAAUUGUUGUCUCUUUUUGGACUUGCCACUCUCAUCUUGUCUCCACCAAGACUGAAGAACAUAAAGUGUGUAGAUGAAGUCAAAUUUGUAAAUUAACAAAAACAUAUUCUUGCACUUAUUUAAAAGUAAUAGGUAGUAGCAACCGCACAGGACGCGCAGAUAAUCUGGCAGAUAAGAGGAGCAUACAGACAGGUUCUGCUAUCUGUUUCGGUACCAGAUCGCGAAACGCUUGCAAGAAAUCUAAAUUUAUAAGGUAUAAUUCAUGCAUACAAGCCUUGUGUAAUGUAGGGGUAUUCCACACCCAAUUUUUUGAAGAGAAAUUGUAGACCAAAGUAUAAUAAUCAUUUUUGUGGUUCCA